AUGAGCGCUGGCUGGAGGACGCUGCUGCUUCGCAUCGGCGACAGGUGCCCCGAGUACGGGGGAACCGCCGACCACAAGGAGCACAUCUUUCUCCUUCAGUGUGCAGAACAAUUACCUCACAAGAUUCCUUUCUUUGGAGUUUUGAUAGGUUUGAUAAAUUUAGAAAAUGAAGAUUUUGCCAAGGGUGUCGUGGAUGCAACACAGGCAAACCUACAGGAUGCUUUGCAUACUGAAAACCGUGAUAGGAUCAGGAUAUUGCUGCGGUUUCUCUGUGGCCUGCUUGGAAUGGCAGGCACCGACACGUGGGAUCUUGUUUCUCUUCCUCCCUGUGUUUGUCCCAUCACUUCGUGUGCUCAUGAUCUUGCACUGUUUGUCCACCUUUCUGCUCGUGGUCGGACUCUUCCUCUAUAUGUUGAUGACAUGAUCAUCAUUGGCGAUGACCCCGAGUAUAUUGCCUUUGUGAAGGCACGCCUUAGUGAGCAGUUUCUUAUAUCCGAUCUUGGCCCUCUUAGCUAUUUUCUUGUGAUUGAGGUCUCUUCUACCUCUGAUGCCUUUUUUACUUCCCAAGAAAAGUAUACCCAAGAUUUUAUUGCUUGUGCUGCUCUUACUGAUUAUCGCAUUGUUGAGACUCCCAUGGAUCUCAAUGUUCAUCUCCGUGCUACUGAUAGUGACCCCUUGUCUGAUCCGACGCGUUAUCGUCAUCUUGUUGGGAGUCUUGUCUAUCUAGCUAUCACUUGUCCAGAUAUCUUCUAUCCUGUCCAUAUUUUGGGCCAGUUUGUCUCUGCUCUCACUUUGGAGUUUGAUGUUUCUAUCACUACACCUACUCUGCUCUUGUCUGACAGUACAAGUGCUAUUAGUAUUGCCCGUGACCUUGUUAAGCAUGAGCUCACCAAACAUAUUGGUGUUGAUGCUUCUUUUGUGCGCGCUGGUUUGCAGGAUCUGAUGUGCAGCAAAGUUAUAUCCCCAAAUUCCAUUAUUGAGACAUACGAGACACUUUUAUCAUCUGCUGCAACUAUAUUGGAUGAGGAUGCUGGAAAUGCUUCUUGGCAACCACGUGCUGAUUUUUAUGUUUAUUGUAUUUUGGCUUCCCUUCCAUGGGGUGGUUCAGAAUUGUUCGAGCAAGUCCCGGAUGAACUCGAGAGGGUUCUGGUUGGUAUACAGUCUUACAUAAGCAUCAGAAGGCAUUUUGAUGAUAUUGCCUUCUCAGUCUUCGAGACGGAUGAAGGCAACUCUCCCAAUAAGAAGGAUUUCAUGGAAGAUCUAUGGGAGCAUAUGCAACUUCUUUCUCGUAAUGGAUGGAAGGUUAAAAGUGUUCCAAAACCUUACUUGUCGUUUGAAGCUCAGUUAGUAGUUGGAAAAUCUCACCGUUUCCACCCAGUUAGUUGCCCACCGCCUACUUUCACGAUGUCAUCUUCUGAGAUAUUAAAAGGGCAAGAGAAGCAUGAAGCCAAUCUAAAGUAUCCUCAAAGGCUUCGUAGGCUCCAUAUAUUUCCAACAAAUAAAGCUGAGAAUAUGCAACCUGUAGACCGUUUUGUUGUUGAGGAAUACAUAUUGGAUGUGCUGCUUUUCUUCAAUGGAUGUCGCAAAGAAUGUGCGUUUUAUUUGGUCAGCCUUCCUGUGUCUUUUCGGUAUGAAUACCUGAUGGCUGAGACCAUAUUUUCGCAGCUACUAUUGCUGCCGAAUCCACCUUUCAGGCCAAUCUACUAUACAUUGGUUAUCAUCGAUCUUUGCAAGGCUUUGCCAGCUGCAUUUCCAUCUGUGGUGGUAGCAGCAGUACAUGCUCUUUUUGACAGAAUAAGUAACAUGGAUACAGAGUGCCGCACCAGACUUAUCCUAUGGUUUUCACAUCAUUUGUCAAAUUUUCAAUUCAUUUGGCCUUGGCAGGAGUGGGCCAAUGUGAAGGGCCUACCAAAGUGGGCUCCACAACGUGUUUUUGUCCAAGAAGUACUAGAAAGGGAAAUUCGGUUGUCCUAUUUCGAGAAAAUCAAGCAGAGUAUUGAAGAUGCUGCUGAGUUAGAAGGGUUGUUACCCCCAAAAGCUGGUCCUAAUUUCAGAUAUCAUACAGAUGAAAGCAAAGAAAGCACCGAAGGCCACAGGCUAUCCAAGGAACUUGUUAGCAUGGUUAGAGGAAGGAAGACUACACGUGAUAUUAUUUUGUGGGUUGAGGAACAAAUAGUUCCUGCAAAUGGGGCCAAAUUCGCAGUUGAUGUUGUUAGUCAGACACUUCUUGACAUUGGUUCAAAAAGUUUCACCCAUCUUAUCACUGUUUUGGAGAGAUAUGGUCAAAUAAUUUCCAAACUGUGCCCAGAUGAGGAAAUGCAGUUAUUGUUGAUGGAUGAAGUCAGUGCUUACUGGAAGAACAGUACCCAGAUGACUGCUAUAGCUAUUGAUAGAAUGAUGGGUUAUCGCUUAAUUUCCAACUUGGCUAUAGUCAAGUGGGUUUUUUCUCCUGCUAAUGUCGAUCAAUUUCAUGUGUCGGAUCGUCCAUGGGAGAUUCUUAGGAAUACUGUUAGUAAGACAUACAAUCGAAUCAGUGAUCUUCGGAAGGAAAUUCAGACACUGAGGAAAAGUAUUCAAGUUGCUAAAGAGGCUAGUGCAAAAGCCAUCAAAGAGUUGGAGGAGGCUAAAUCAAUACUUGAAAUCGUAGAGGGCCAACCUGUGCCAUCUGAAAGACCAGGCAGGCUGAGACGGCUUCAAGGUUUUGCUGACAAAGCAAAAGAAGAGGAAGUAACUAUUGAAGAAUCGUUAGAGGCAAAGCAGGCUCUCCUUGCCCUGGGGCUUGAAGAAGGCAAAGAAUUGCUUAGGUUAUUAUUCAAGAGCUUUCUUGAUGUGCUUACUGAACGCCUGCCACCUGUUUCUGCUGAUGGAGAUGUUCCUAACCUACGCGCUGGAGAUCCUAAUGUAACAUUUCCAGCCAGUGAUCCUGAAGCGGCAACUAUGGAGAUAGACAAUGAAAAUGGAGCAGAUAACAAUAGUCAAGUGAAUCGUGAAAAUACGGAAGCUGGUUAUACUAUUGGAGAGCUUGAGCAAUGGUGCCUAUGCACAUUGGGGUAUCUAAAGUCAUUUUCUCGACAGUAUGCAACAGAGAUUUGGUCUCACAUUGGCAUGUUGGACGAUGAGGUUUUUGUUGGGAGUAUUCACCCUCUCAUCCGGAAAGCCGCAUUCUCCGGUUUGUGCAGACAGAUGAACCAGUGA